AUGAUCUACAAGUGCCCCAUGUGUAGGGAAUUUUUCUCUGAGCGCGCAGACCUUUUUAUGCACCAGAAAAUUCACACAGCUGAGAAGCCCCACAAAUGUGACAAGUGUGACAAGGGUUUCUUCCACAUAUCAGAACUUCACAUUCAUUGGUGAGACCAUACAGGAGAGAAGGUCUAUAAAUGUGAUGACUGCGGCAAAGAUUUUAGUACGACCACCAAACUCAACAGGCACAAGAAGAUCCACACAGUGGAGAAGCCCUAUAAGUGUUACGAGUGUGGCAAGGCCUUCAACUGGAGCUCCCACCUCCAGAUCCACAUGAGAGUCCACACAGGGGAGAAGCCCUAUGUCUGCAGCGAGUGCGGGCGGGGCUUCAGUAAUAGCUCGAACCUCUGCAUGCAUCAGAGAGUGCACACAGGGGAGAAGCCCUUUAAAUGUGAAGAGUGUGGCAAGGCCUUCAGGCACACCUCCAGCCUCUGCAUGCACCAAAGAGUGCACACGGGAGAGAAGCCCUACAAGUGCUACGAGUGUGGCAAGGCCUUCAGCCAGAGCUCCAGCCUCUGCAUCCACCAGCGGGUGCACACGGGAGAGAAGCCCUAUAGGUGCUGUGGGUGUGGCAAGGCCUUCAGCCAGAGCUCCAGCCUCUGCAUCCACCAGAGGGUGCACACGGGAGAGAAGCCGUUCAAAUGUGACGAGUGCGGUAAGGCCUUCAGCCAGAGUACCAGCCUCUGCAUCCACCAGAGGGUGCACACGAAGGAGAGGAACCAUCUCAAACUGUCGGUUCUUUAA